AUGUCUCGGCGCAAGCAGGCCAAGCCCCAACACCUCAAGUCGGACGAGGAGCUGCCGCCGCCGGACGGGGCUCCUGAGCACGGCGUCCCCGGGGAAGGCGCCGACGACGUGGACAGCGGGACUGAGAGCCGGAGCGGCGGCGAGGAGGCCAGUGUGUGCCAGACCUGCUGCGCGGAGUUCUUCAAGUGGACAGACUUCCUGCAGCACCAGAAGAGCUGCACCAAGAACCCGCCGGUGCUCAUCGUGAGUGAGGAUGAGCCGGCGCCACCCUCUGAAGAGUUCCCAGAGCCUUCUCCCGCCAGCUCGCCCAGCGACCACACGGAGAGCGAGGCCACCGAGGAGGCCACCCCCGCGGAGGGCGGUGAGGGCGGCGAGGUGAAGGCCCUGGAGCCGGAGGACGAGCCCAUGGACGUGGAGACACCUGGGGACAAGGGCCUGCAGGGCCCAGGCACACCCGCUGUGCCCCCAGCGCUGCCCCCAGGGUCCCCUGCUGCCUUCAGCAUGCCCAGCACCAACGUGACGCUGGAGACUCUGCUGAGCACCAAGGUGGCUGUGGCUCAGUUCUCGCAGGGCGCACGCGCAGCUGGCACAGCCGGAGGCAGCGUGGGCGCGGUCGCCAUCCCCAUGAUCUUGGAGCAGCUCGUGGCUCUGCAGCAGCAGCAGAUCCACCAGCUGCAGCUCAUUGAGCAGAUCCGCAGCCAGGUGGCCCUGAUGAGCCGCCAGCCCGCGAGGCCGCCGCUGAACCCCACCACCCCUGGCCCUCCCGCCCAGACCUCUGGCCAGCUCCAGGGCCUGGCCCCGCACCCGGCCCUACAACUCUCUGCUGGGCCGGCCCCUGUCCCUGCAGGCUCUGGCCAGGCAGCCCCACCUGCCUUCGAGGGCCCCCAGCACCUGUCACAGCCAGCGUCAGGUGCCAGCACUCCAGGUGGUACUGGGCCCAUGGAGUCCGUGGUGUCUGCAGCCCCAAGCACAGCCCCUGCCCUGGGGUCCACGGUGCCCAGCACAGCGGGCAGCAUGACACAGCCGCAGAAUGCAUCCACGCCCCCGGCCCUGGGCCCGGGGCCCCUCCUCAGCUCGGCCUCCAGCCUGCCAAACCCUCUGCUACCUCAGACCUCCUCCAGCAGCGUCAUCUUCCCCAACCCGCUGGUCAGCAUUGCCGCCACCGCCAACGCCCUGGACCCACUGUCCGCCCUCAUGAAGCACCGCAAGGGCAAGCCCCCAAAUGUAUCGGUGUUCGAGCCCAAGGCUAGCGCUGAGGACCCCUUCUUCAAGCACAAGUGCAGGUUCUGUGCCAAGGUCUUUGGCAGCGACAGUGCACUGCAGAUACACCUGCGCUCUCACACUGGCGAGCGGCCCUUCAAGUGCAACAUCUGCGGGAACCGCUUCUCCACCAAAGGCAACCUGAAGGUGCACUUCCAGAGGCAUAAGGAGAAGUACCCCCACAUCCAGAUGAACCCCUAUCCAGUUCCAGAGUACCUCGACAAUGUGCCCACUUGCUCGGGGAUUCCCUAUGGCAUGUCACUACCCCCAGAGAAGCCAGUAACCACCUGGCUGGAUAGCAAGCCAGUGCUGCCCACGGUGCCCACAUCAGUGGGGCUGCAGCUGCCCCCCACAGUCCCCAGUGCUCAUAGCUACACCGAUUCCCCCAGCGUCACCCCCGUCAGCCGCUCCCCUCAGAGGCCCUCUCCCGCAUCCAGCGAGUGCACCUCCUUGUCCCCUGGCCUCAACAAUGCAGAGUCCAGCAUCCCAGUGACGUCUGAAUCCCCACAGCCACUCCUCAGUGGCUCUUCUCUGACUAAAACUGAGCCUGUCAACCUGCCGUGCACAAAUGCGAGGACAGGGGACACCCCCGUUGGUGGGCAGGUUGGUGCAGUGCCCACCUCAGCGGCCACGGCAGUCACAGACAGCACCUCCACGAGCCUCAGCAGUCCUGCUCUUCCAGCAGUCUCUGACCAGUUCAAGGCCCAGUUUCCCUUUGGGGGACUGCUCGACUCUAUGCAAACGUCAGAAACCUCGAAACUGCAGCAGUUGGUGGAGAACAUUGAUAAGAAGAUGACAGACCCAAAUCAGUGUGUCAUCUGCCACCGCGUGCUGAGCUGCCAGAGUGCCCUGAAGAUGCACUACAGGACGCACACGGGGGAGCGGCCCUUCAAGUGCAAGAUCUGCGGGCGGGCCUUCACCACCAAGGGCAACCUCAAGACUCACUUUGGGGUGCACCGGGCGAAGCCACCCCUGCGGGUGCAGCACUCCUGCCCCAUCUGUCAGAAGAAGUUCACGAACGCAGUGGUGCUCCAGCAGCACAUCCGCAUGCACAUGGGAGGGCAGAUCCCCAACACGCCACUGCCAGAGGGCUUCCAGGAUGCCGUGGACGCGGAGCUGCCCUUUGAGGAGAAGAACGUGGAGACCCUGAGCAGCUAUGACGAUGACAUCGAUGAGAACUCCAUGGAGGAAGACGCGGAGCUGAAGGACUCAGCCAGCGACUCUAAGCCGCUCCUGACCUACGCGGGGUCCUGCCCUCCCUCGCCACCCUCCGUCAUCUCCAGCAUUGCUGCCUUGGAGAACCAGAUGAAGAUGAUGGACUCUGUCAUGAACUGUCCACAGCUCCCUGGCUUGAAGUCUGUGGAAAACGGGUCUGGGGAGAGUGACCGCCUGAGCAACGACUCGUCCUCCGCUGUGGGCGACCUGGAGAGCCGCAGUGCAGGCAGCCCUGCUCUGUCCGAGUCCUCCUCCUCCCAGGCACUGUCACCCACCCAUAGCAACGGGGAGAGCUUCCGUUCCAAGUCCCCGGGCCUCAGCCACCAGGAGGACCCACAGGAGAUCCCGCUAAAGACCGAGAGGCCAGACAGCCCACCCCCCGGCCCAGGAAAUGGAGGCGCACUAGACCUGACUGCCGGCCACCCCAGUCGGCCGGUCAUCAAGGAGGAGGCUCCCUUCAGCCUGCUGUUCCUGAACAGGGAGCGGGGUAAGUGUGCAAGCACUUGUACAAGCACUGUGUGUGGUGUCUGUGGCAAGCCCUUUGCUUGCAAGAGCGCGUUGGAAAUCCACCACCGCAGCCAUACCAAGGAACGGCCCUUUGUCUGCACCGUCUGCAGGCGGGGCUGUUCCACCAUGGGUAAUUUAAAACAGCACUUACUGACACACGAAUUGAGAGGGCUGCCUUCUCAGGCAUUUGACCCCGACUUUGCUCUAGGUCCCAGCCACAGCUCUCCUCGCCUGGCCUCCAGCCCUGCGCCCACCAUGAUCAAAAUGGAAGUGAACGGUCACAGCAAAGCCAUCACCCUGGGCGAGGGCCCGCCGCUGCCCGCUGGGGUCCAGGUCCCCACUGGGCCACAGACAGUGAUGAGCCCAGGCCUGGCGCCCAUGCUGGCACCCCCACCACGCCGGACACCUAAGCAGCACAACUGCCAGUCAUGCGGGAAGACCUUCUCCUCGGCCAGCGCCCUGCAGAUCCACGAGCGCACCCACACUGGGGAGAAGCCCUUUGGCUGCACCAUCUGCGGCAGGGCCUUCACCACCAAGGGCAACCUCAAGGUACACAUGGGGACCCACAUGUGGAACAACGCUCCUGCGAGGCGUGGCCGCCGCCUGUCAGUGGAAAACCCCAUGGCCCUGCUCGGUGGCGAUGCCCUGAAGUUCUCUGAAAUGUUCCAGAAGGACCUGGCAGCCCGAGCAAUGAAUGUGGACCCCAGCUUUUGGAACCAGUAUGCUGCAGCCAUCACAAACGGGCUGGCCAUGAAGAACAACGAGAUUUCUGUCAUCCAGAACGGAGGUAUCCCCCAGCUCCCCGUAAGUCUAGGUGGAGGUGCCCUUCCACCUUUGGGCACCAUGACCGGUGGCAUGGACAAAGCACGCACUGGCAGCAGCCCACCCAGCGUCAGUUUGGACAAAGCCAGCUCUGAGACGGGCGCCAGCCGCCCGUUCACAAGGUUCAUUGAGGACAACAAGGAAAUUGGUAUAAACUAG